UUGCGAGGCAAAACGGCUGGUCACAUGAGCAGAGAUCUGUUUACAAACCCAAGGCAGAGAGGAGAGGAAGGAGAGCUGCAGUCUGAGCUCCAUUAUGAAGUGAAAGGGAAAGAGAAGUCUGCCAUGACACAGCCAGCUGCAGCAGAUGGUUCGAGGGGGAGUAGGAUCCCCCUCCUUCUCCUCCACACACUCAAACGCACACACUGCCUGACACACAAACAGCCUGAGGACUGUUGUUGACUGCAUGGAGCUGCACUCACUUUGUUUGGGUUUUGAGGGAAGAUCAUCUUCAUCACUGAGGAGGAAUAUCUACUGCAAGAUCAGAGGAGUGGAGGAGGAGGAGGCACCAGAGGAGACGAGAGGGGGGUGAGAUUUGUGAAAAUCCCUUGUUUAAAAAAAGCAGCUUUAGCAGAAGACAAAAAGCACAGAUUAAUGUUGGAUUAUUGCCUUCGUUUGGGGUGAGGAUCGUCGUUUUAAACUCUGGAUGUCAUUGGAGUCGUAGAGGAGAGGACGCUGCAAAGUGAAGUGAAGGAGGCCCUCGUUCUUCUCUGAUGGAAAUGUGAGUAUUUCCUGUCCGUCUUGUUUAUGAUCGAGCGAGCUGCAGAUUUUCACAACAAGUCCUCACUCGCUGGAUGAGGCCUCUGACAAAUACCUAGCAGUCCUUCUCAACAACAUUCCUUUGUUUCUCGUCAUCAUUUUUAGAAGCACAUGAAAUCUCCAGUCCAGGACCAGAACCCAGUCCCAAACCUCCCCCCCUCCACCCUUACAUCUUUAACACACAGAGUGGCUAAUCCAGAUUUGGGAAUGCUGGGCAACACAGACUGCUGAGCCAACUAAAAGCAAAAAGAAAUCCCACACCUCCUGAGGAUUUCUGGGAUCUGAAGAUCUUUAGAUGACUGUUUUUCUGCUGGAGCUCUGACAUAAACUGAAGGAAGGAGCGACCCAGCUCAGGACAGCUGAAUCCGAGCUACAGCAGAACCAGACCAGGGCUGGCGUGUCUGCAGCAUUUCUCCUGACAGGGCCUGAAUUCACUGCUGCUGCCUUGGAGAGUCAAAUUUCAUGCAACCAUUCCAAUGGUGUAACGGAUGUCUUUGUGGUUUGGGUUUUCAACGCUCUGAACACUACUGCAGCAUGACGUCUGACAUCUACCACCUCCCACUCAAUGUCUAUGUCAUUGUGCUGGGCAUCGGCCUCUUCGUCUUCAUGCUCAGCCUCAUCUUCUGCUGCUACCUUUUCAGGUUGAAACAACAAGGAACCAGGGAGCAGUUCAGCUACAACGAGGUGGUGCUGAAAGGUGCGAGCAAGAAACUGAGCCUUCUUGGACAAACCUGCGCCGUGUGUCUGGAAGAAUUCAGGACUCGAGAUGAGCUGGGCGUGUGUCCGUGCUCACACGCAUUUCACAAGAAGUGCCUGCUCAAGUGGCUGGAGAUCCGCAGUGUGUGCCCCAUGUGUAACAAACCCAUCCUGCGGCUCCACCCCGAUGCCCCCCAGGGUGCCGAGGGGCCCAUGGAUCCAGAGGAGGUGUGAGAGAUAGAGCGCUAGACUCCCCCCCUUCCAGAAAAACACACACAUUAAACCACACUAAAGAUGAUUGACAGCCGUCAUCUCUAAAGGUAAUACUGAUAACGAUCCCAAGUGGCAGCGACCUUCGAGCAAUAUGCCUCAGUGGGGAAUUGGAUUUUGAUAGUGCCAACGAGCUCGGUCCGAUCAGUCAAGAGAGCGAUAGAUGUCGAAUGAGUAGAAUGAGUUUCAUACAGAUGUUAGUUCUACUUCCAUGUUGCACUGUUCACCCAAAAGAUAAAAAAUGGCAGGAAAGGGAGCCACAUUAGAGCUGGACAUCAUUGCCACAGUCACUGGACGAGUAGAGCUGCACUGCCAAAGGCACGGAGCAGAACAUUACAGGAUCAGCAAGGAUACCUCUAAUAUCUCAGGGGUGUUACCAACGCAGCCAGCACAAACCCAUGUUAUAACCCUAUAACCCAGUGCCACACAUGCAUCUUCAAUACUGCCAAUGUAGACGAAACACCCUGGCAGCCGGAGUUGGCCACAGCUACUGGCUAAAAACAAAGAACCAGCUACAAUCAACCAUGAUGAUUUGAGUAGAAAAUGUUGUUACAGAUUGUGUCCACGGCCCCAUUACCCUUAAAAAAAAAAGACUAAUAGAAAACUAGUCUUGCUUGUAUGUUUUGUGUGUAUAGGUCUCCCUAUAUGAUGUUAUUUUGUACUUCAAAUAAAGUGUCAUGUAAUGUAUUGUAGUGGUAUUGCAUUCUUAACAAAAAAACAAAAAAAAAACAUCCAGAAUAUUCAUGUUUUUUUUCUUUACUUUUGAGUUUUUUUUUUAAUAUACAAAAUGCAAGUUGAUGAAAUGUUAACCAGCUGAUUGUUUUUAACAUUUAGAACUCCCUUUACAAAGAUCUGUUGUGUCAUAUUAAAAAAAACAAUGUAAAUACAA